AUGUUGUGUCUCAAUGUGCCUGCUCCUAAAGACAGCAUUACGACCCGAUUUGGCCGCCGCUUGUUGUGGAUGGCUCUUGGUAUCCUGGGCCCAGAAUUUCCUCUCACAUAUGCCGCAGGCCAAUGGAGUCGAGCAAAACGAUCCGUGGUGUCCUUCAAGGCGUACAAUUAUGAGGAGUGGCAUAUGCGGCAGGCAUUCUUUGCAGACAUGGGUGGCUUUAUCUUUCACGCCCGAGACGGCGAACCCUUUCCACUUAAUGCAACUCAGCUUCAUUGGCUUGUUGUCAACAAAUUCGUCGAAUACCCCGCCGUUACCCGCAAAGAUAUCUGGGACAAGUCCAAGCAAGACACAUUUACCAAGGUCGUCACUGCGUUCCAAAUCGGCUACUUGAUUGUCCAGUGCAUUGCACGUGCCACCCAAGGUCUGGCGAUCACGACUUUGGAGCUGAAUGCAAUCGCUAUUGUCGUCUGUUCACUGAUGACGUCUUGUUUCUGGCUUCACAAGCCUGCAGAUAUACAAAUGCCCAUCCACAUCCACUCAUCGCACUCGCUUGCGGAGAUGACGCUCAACCGAGAAUGGAGUCUUACACCUCUCGAUUUCAUCGACGAGAACGGCCCUGGAUAUUCGGUCAACGUGCAGCCUUUCAUGAAGAUGCCGGUUAUUCCUACAGAGAGGCCGAUUCAGCGAAUUCCGAACGACAGAUUCCCAACGAAUCCUUACGGUGUACAAGAAUAUUUCUUAUGCUUUGCCACUUUGCUCUUCACCGCCAUUCAUGUCGCAGGCUGGAGUUUUGAUUUCCCCAGCCGCACGGAGCAGCUUCUUUGGCGUAUUUGCUCGCUUCUGCUUUUCGGUAUUACUGCAGCAUUUUGGGUAUUUGAAACAGCAGCGUCAUGGACUCGUUUGGGCCGUUGGAGGACGUUAUACUUAUUCGUCUUCAAGAGAAAAGCAUUGGCAGAACACAAGAUACAUAUGGCGCAGAGAACCGCCACAAUGAAGAGACAAUCCAACCAGCUGCCAUUACCCUGGGAGUUUGCAACGAUAACGCCGUUGGCCAUUAUAUAUGGAGUGGCGCGGUUCUAUUUGAUCGCGGAAGCCUUUGCUGAAUUGAGAGACGUACCAGGGACAGCAUAUCUCAAUAUACAGUGGACGAACUUCAUUCCACAUAUAUAA